AUCAAAAGUGUAAACAGCAACAGAAUCUCAAUAUAAUCCACGCUGCUCCAUAUAAAUUAUAAUUCAAAUUUUUAUCAACAAUGAAAGUGGGUACGCGUACAGUUUUGCUUAUCGCAUUACACUUGACGGUCGCAAAAAAUUUUGACAAGUGCGAAUUCGCUACCGAGCUCUACAGGAGGCAUCAAGUUCCAGUGGAAGACAUCUACAAGCAUUUCUGCAUCGCCAGCUCUCUGCAUCUCUCUACGGGUUACAAUAGUGAGCACGGCAUGAUAGGUAUCUACGGAAUUGGCAACCAAUGGUGGUGUGGACAGGAUGCGCCUGGUGGUGGUUGCAACGUAAAGUGUUCAGAUUUGCUCGAUGACGACAUUGCCGACGACGUCAUCUGUGCCAAUUUAAUUUUGUCGCAGCAGGGCCUUAGAGCAUGGGUCAAAAGUGAAGCGCCAUGCAAACGUAGAUACGCACAAACGGUUGACGAAUGCUUGGACACCAAGCCGAAUGUGUCGGAUUUGCCAACGACUACGACUGUUUCAUCAACAAUUACAGCUGUGACUACGAUCGCAUCUAAAACAGCCGAUAAAUUGACCGCACCGACAACAACCACAGCAUCGAUGGCACCAACAACAACCACAACAUCGAUGGCACCGACAAUAACCGAACCGAACCGAACCGUCCAACAGACCAACAGACCAACAACGACCGUAUCAUCAAAUACAAAUCGGAAUUCCACGAAUGAAGGUCAUAAAAUCGCCGAUUGUCACAACAGCUCUCCACAUCAAACGUUAAACCCGUCGUCGGUCCAAUGUUCGUGUACAGCGCAAAAUAUUUUGCUCUCCGUUAUCGUUAUGACAUUGCCAUGUGCCAUUGCUGCCGUUAUGUACAGAUAUCGUAACUUGAAGCGAUUUGUGAGAUCUGCGCACGAUAAGGAAUACGAGGAACAAUUGAUAUAGUUUAAGGGUAUUUUUAAGAGGGAAGAAAGAAUGACAGAAAAUUAAAUAAAGAACCAAAAUGAAUUUCAAAAACUGUUCCUGAUGGAACUACGAGAAUUUUUUAAAUGGUCGGCAGGUACGUUUUUUUCCCAACUACAAAAACUCUAUC